AUGGCAGAAUUUGUUGAAGCUUGGCUCGCCGGACCAAACGCGACGCAGUUCUACACAAGAACGUAUCCCGCAGAAUCGCCUAAAGCGGUCGUGGUGUUCCUCCACGGUUUCGCGGAGCACAUUGGCCGAUAUACACAUAUACACCCUCGGCUCGCACAGAAUGGUGUAGCCGUCUUUGCGUUUGACUUGCGCGGCUUUGGGAAGACAGCACAGGAUACAGAGAAGAAGAGCUCUCAUAGCUCGUAUGGAAAGACCAGCUGGCCGGAGAACUUUGCAGAUAUCGAAUGGGCUAUCAAGCACGUCCGGAAAGAAUACCCCGGAAUACCUGUAUUCCUCAUGGGUCAUUCUAUGGGAGCCGCCCUUGCUUUGGGAUUUGUUACACGCAACUCUGCCCCGCCUGACCCGGAAGUAAUCAAGUCGUUGUCUGGUGUUAUAAGCCAGAGCCCUCUCGUCCAUCAGACGUAUCCCGCGUCCAAGGCACUACGCUGGGUUGGCGGCAAAGCCAGCAUGCUCGCGCCGUCGACACUCAUUCCGGCUCCGGUCAAAGCAGAGCACUUAAGCCACGACGACGAAUUCAAUGCCUCCUACCUCAAGGAUCCUCUCAUCAAACCCUCCGGCUCUCUGAAGGGUAUUCAUGAUAUGUUGACUGGCGGCGAACAACUCCUUGAAGUCCACUAUAAGCAUUGGCCAGAGAGUCUUCCCGUAUAUAUAGUUCAUGGAUCAGAGGAUAAGGUAACAUGUCCCAAGGCAUCCAAAGCCUUCCACGACAAAAUCUCCGCACACAAGAAACAAUACGAGUUAAUCGAAGGGGGAUUUCACGAACUACAGAACGAACCCGAUGGUGUCAAAGAAAAGGUGUAUGAUGGGAUAUUCGCCUUUAUUGAAGCACACCUUGGAGUAACGCCGAAAUUAUAA